CAUGAUCUUGGUGGAUACUUUCUCGUAACUUAAAUGAUAUAUCUAAGGAUUGACAACCAGAUUCUAGACUUGAGAUAGAAAAAGUGCUAUUUGAGUACCAUUUCUGGGUGUCUGUCGGUGUAGCUGCUUGACAUCCAGAGCGUGAUGCUACAGUAAUUUCUUUCUUUAUUUUUACGGCUUGCAUGGGGAAAAAAAUUCUGGAUUCGACGUGCUCUAUCUUAACAUGAAAUAUGGAAACAAUGCAAGCUGUAAGCUUGUUGAAUUUUUACGCGAAAGUUGGGCACAAUGUUUGGCUAAAAUUUUGUUCGUGAGAACUUUGUGGUCGAGAUGUGUUUAAUGUAUGAUUACGAGCAAUUUCAAAUUCUACCUUCGACUUUCAGAUCUGCUGUAGAGGAAGUCUAUGCUAAAUCACUCCUGAAAUUAGCGAAAUCUGCAACUCAAGUGACACAGCUAGGCACCUUUGAGCCUCUCUGGGGAGUCUUACGGGUUGCAACCGAGAAGCUUGCAAAUGCACAUUUACAAGUUGUUACAAGAUUUCAAGAUCUUAUCAAAGACCUCAAGGAUUAUGGUGACAAGCAAAAAGAAAGACACAAACAGUAUAAGGAAGAGUUUAGCAGUACAGCAGAGAUUGUACAGACCAUACAAACAAUGACAGCCAAUCUAGUCAAGGCCAAGGAGGCUUACUAUGCCAGGUGUCAAGAAGUUGAAAAAUCGAGAAAAGAUGGAUCUGGUACAAAGGAUGUUGAAAAGGCUGAAGCAAAAAUGAAGAAAGCAGCUGAAGAGUAUAAACUUCUUGUUGAAAAGAGGGAAAUAAUUAGAAAUGACUUUCAUGACAAGAUGGUUGAUGCUUCCAAGAAAUUCCAGAAGCUUGACGAGGAACAUUUGAAGGUAAUAAUUGCCUACCUUGAACAGUACAUUGACUCACAGAAGUCAGGGCAAGUUUUCAUAGAAGAGGUCUACAAGGAGUUCUUGGGGCAAGUGAAGGCAUUAACAGUACAUCAUUUGUUGGAUCAGUUUGUGAGGAGCAAGGGUACAGGAAAAGCUAUUCCAGGUGUUAUAACAUUUGAAGAGUACACUGGACAAGCAGAAGGUGCUAUAACAAACAAUCACUCACCCAGCUUAAAUGCACCCAAACACCAUCAUCCAUCAGGAUUUCCGAUAACACUGAAGAGAAUGGAAAAGAAGAAAAAGAAAAAGAAGGCAAAGAAAGAGAAAUCUCAAAAUGGUUCAGUUGACUCACCUUCAAGUGAAGGAGGGGAUGUGUCAUCAUCAUUUGAAGUAGAUGAAGAGGGAUACAGAAUAAGACCUCCUGAUUCAGAAAGUACCAAAUCAGGGGGGAAUAGUUCAUCUUCUGAUUCAGAUUCAGACGAUGAUGAGCCUCGAAAACUGCAAGUUGUUAUAAACCCAGUGGAGGCUGAUAAGGUUCCACAGACAGCUUCAGUUGAUGAAAUAAAGAAAAUUACUGGAACACUUAGUCUUUCUUCGCCUUCAACAAUGCGUAAAAGUUUAAGUUCUUCAUCAGGUGAAGGCAUGAAAAACAGAUCCAGGUCUUCAAGCCAUGCUUCAAAUAUUAAAUCGUCACGUUCAAGUGAUGAUUUGCUUGACAUAGAUUUUAGUCAAACAAGUUUUGCUAGUAGUGAUUCUAUGACAUCUGGAUCACAAAGAAAUUCACUUCAACUCUCCCAAAAUGGCACUUCAAGUAUAAUUGACCCAGAACCCAACACACAAAGUUCUGGAGACUUAAGAUCAUUAGCUGGGGCUUUGCCGUCAUCUACAAGCUUAGAUUCCAGUGAAAAUACAGAAGCAGAAUAUUGUGAUAUUCCUCCCCUGCUGCCUGCCAAAAAGGGAAGCAUAGUUCAGGAAGAAUCUUCCGAACCUCCUCCUCCCUUACCAGCCAAGAAGGGGGCAGGUACAGUUAACAAAGUAGCAGAAAAUGACUCGUCAGUUGCUGGAGUGUCAGAGACAAGUCCAAGUGAUACAGGAAUCAUGUUUCCAACAGGAUCUAAUUCAGCAAGUGACAGCAGUAAUUCUUUGCUUCUCCUCAAGCCACCUCCAGGAACAGAACUCCCUCGUUCUGCAUCUGUUGGUAGUGCAGUACCAAGACCAAGACCACAGCCACGGUCUUCUGGUUCAUUGUUGUUUCCUCCUGGUCAGACAAACAAGCCACCUUCAUCAACAUCAUCAUCGUCUACAACAUCAUAUUCAGCUGAGCUGUUUAGCUGCUUGGCUGACUUUACACCAGUAACUACUAGCAGCACAGAACCUUCUGAUUCACAAAACAGUUCCCUCCCUGGUGAACAUGGCAAUCCUAAUAGCCCUUCAAAACAACCUGUUGUAAGUUACAUGGGUUCAACAUCAAGUACUGGCCAACAGGCACUCAACAGAGCUACAACAUCAUCUUCUCUUGGAAGCUCACAAGAAAAUGUACCUGCCCUAGUGAGGUCCAAAACAGUUGGAGGACUCCCCACCAUGUCGAGUGUGGUGUUUGCCAAAGGGGCAGCUAGUACUGUCCUAGGUAAAAAGGAUGAUAGUCUUCCUAUUGCAGUGGCAUUUAUUGAGUCUGUGAAUGCAUUCUUUAGAGGAAGUGAUCAGAGCAAGUGUAUGGUGAAGGUCACAGGUGAUAUUACCGUAUCAUUUCCAGCCAGUGUACUUCCGCUCAUUUAUGAUGUAGAAAAUGCUCCAAUGCUUAGUUUCCUCAUACGUGGAACAUCAUGUCUUGAGCAGAUCUUACCAAACAAGGCUUUGAUUAAUAGCAAAGGACAGCUAAGUGGUGGUGACGGUGUCACUUAUGAUUUUAAUAUGGCUUCUCUGGCUGAUCAUCUCAAAAAACAAUCUGAACAAGGAGCAAGUACCCAUUACAAUAUUGAAAUUAUCAAAUAUGAGGUCAGAACAAAUGGCUUUUCAACAACUCCCCUUCAGCUGUGUAGUUACUGGAAAUGUGAGGAGGAAGCAACAGAUCUAAGGGUUGAUUAUCGCUAUAAUCCAUCCUGUAUGUCAGCUCCUUGUUCAAUUAGCAACUUAUCUGUGGUGGUACCUAUGAAUGGUGGAGUUACCAUCAUGCAAUCCAAACCAUCGGCUACUUGGUCUGCUGAACACCAAAGAGCAUUUUGGAAACUGCAAGAAGUUUCCAACACAUCAGAAACUCAAGGUACACUGAGAGCAAGGUUUGAUUUAACACAAGGUCCAAGUACACCUUCACGAAUUGCUGUUCAGUUUACAUGCAAUGGUGCUACAAUUUCUAAGUUGAAUUUUGAGUUGAGAUGUCAAGAAUACAAACUAUCUCUUGUUAAAAAGAGGUUUACAACUGGUAAAUACAUAGCAGAGAGCUAGUGGAAGCUGGCUCUGUGCCAAAUCAACCAAUAUUUUAAUGAUUUAAUCAAACACAAAUUUAAACAAAUAUUGUGCAAAUGUAAAUGAAUGAAAGGGAAAGAGAAAUCUAUAAAAUGAGAUAUAAUUAGGGGGUGGAAUCAGCAAGUGAUUGGUGCUGUAGGUUUCUGUUAAACUUCACAGUUCUUAUAUUAUACAUUUUGAAAAAAAAUUUUGUACUUAGUUUUCAGGGUACAAAAAGUAAUUUGUUUAUUCAUGAUGUUGAGAGAAUAUUGCAGCAAUAUCUUUUCUUAGUAUAUACCUCACAAGCGAACAGUGCUUUUCACAUGGGCUAAUUGGCUAGUUAGAAAGUGAUUAGCAAGUACUAUUCACCUCAGCAGCUGAAGAGGCAAAAUCAUCCAUCAAGAGUUAAAGUCUGACCAUUUUAUACAUUGGUAGAAAUAAAUUAAUUCUUGGGUUUUUGUGUGGUACAUACUAAAAUCAUUAUUCACCUCAGUGUUGGCGAAAGUUGUGGAUAAUUACUUUGUUUUGUGGCUUGGUAAAGUUUCACAUCCAUUUUGGUGGGUAAUUGCUAACUAUUUCUUUACUAUCAUGGCUUACAAUAAUUUUUUUUCUGCUCAAUUUUUCAUCCAACUUGCUUUCCUCUACUAUCAAUCUCCUAUCUCUAUUAGUGUUAAGUAUCAUGUAGUAUCAGAAUGCGAGUACAUAUUUUUUUUCACUUAGAAAUAUUGAAUUAACCCUUCUAACUUCCAAGAUCUGAUAGUCAAUUCUUUCCUGUAGUUGCCACACAUUUCCUUGCAAACUAGUACAAGAAUUUGGUGUCUGAUCAAGAUAACUUUUACCUGAUAAGUUUGAGUAUUCUCAUUUCCUGUUUGCUGGAUAAUGUAUGGAUAUUACAGGGAGAAGUUACUUGUGAAUCACUUCUGGAAGUUAAAGGCUUACUUACUGCUUUAAUGAAUGAGUUGUGAACCUAUCUUGUGGAUUAAUCAUAUAUGAGGAAACCAAGUUAUUGUUUUUGUUGUAUUUUUUCAAUCUGAUCGACAAGUUUUAAAAUACAGUGAAAGUACAGUGGAGAAAUUUUGGGUGCAAACUCAAAAGCAACAGUUUGGACCAGAGCCUCUAUCUUUGGUGCUAAACAUGAUGAAAUUUAAACAAGCACAUUUGCAAGUUAUAUUUUUUGCUUCCUUUGAAGACGUGCAACUUUUUUUAACUUGAAAAUGUUUUGAAGAAGACUUGAUCAAGAGUGCACUAUAUCUAGUUGUCAUAGGGUGCUGUAAAAAUACCUUUUGGACACAUGUAAGGAGCUGAUACACCUUAAGUCGGUUGAAUAUGACUGUUAUUGUGAGCAGGUGUGACAUGCUCAUCAGGAUCGCUAGGUUUGCAACUGCCAAAAAAAAAUUGCUUGAUUACGGGUAUGGCUCAUUUGCUUUGUUACUGGCAGCAGCUACUUCUACUUAAAUAAAUUUUCUAGCAUUUUUUACACUCAUGAGAGGCACAUAACACAGCCACCGUACAUUUUGACGGUUCAAGCAAAGAAAACAUGGCCAUUUUUGUUUUUGGUGUAAUCAUUUUGCCUCCUAGUAAAUCCUUAUCUGACCAAGAUUGUGUGCAAAGGUGUCUGGAUGUUCACCUUGUUCUUUCCUUUUAUAAUUUUUAUGAAACUUAUCUCACAUGGUGGUGUUCUUGGAAAUGUGAUAGGUUUUUGUUCUUAACUAGUGAUGUCAAGUGUGCUUUGGAACAUUAAGUGGCUUAGCCAUAAAAAAAGCAGCAUGAAGCUCGGAAAUGAAAUUUUCAAGUAAUUUUACUGUCACCUUUUAUUCCAGAAGAUUCUGUAGGCAAUUUACAGUUAUUAUCAUCCAGCCAUCUUGUCACUGUCAGUGAUAUCUUGGGGUAGGGGGGUGGGGGAGAGGGUUGGUAUGAUUUAAUUAGAGUGCAGUCCAAUGGAGUACUUGUUAUAAUCUUAGGUAUUUAUUGCUGAAGCUAUCUGGGUGGAAUAUCAGCAUUACUCAAUGGAGCAAAUUGGCCAUACCUUGGGCCUUGACAAUAUGUCUGGAGUAUCAAGUUUGUUGACUGAGAUCACCAUGGGAAAAUAUUUGUUUUAAUGAGUUUUUUAACUAGCAAUUUUCUUCUCACUAUUAGAUUUAAAAUAAUGAACUCAAGGCUGCUGGAGGCUAUAAUUUUGCAUUAAAAUGAAAUGUCACCUUUUCA